GGAAAGUGAUGGGGAAAUUCUGCCGUGGAACUUUGGUUUUAAGGCGUGGGUAGGAAAGCCCAUUUCACUCUCUACCUGCACCAGGAAUAUAUAUAUAGCUCUGGUGAUGAGUAGGACCUCACACAGCCACUGAAGCUCUCUUUCUGAAGACAAGACAGCAGCUCAUCACAUCACUAACUACAGCACCACAGAAGAAGAGAUGGCCCAGAUCAGAGCCCCUGUUAUUGUGCUGCUCGUGCUCCUGGCUGUGGGGCUGUUCACUAUGGAGGCUUCUGCAGCUAAACAAGCACGUCGUAGAAAAGGCUGCUGUCAAAGCUAUACUGGUGGGGAAAUACCUUUUGGAGUUAUCGUAGGCUAUACCCUACAGACCCCGAUUGAAAUCUGCAGAAUACCUGCCAUCAUUUUCCACACUAAAAAGGGGAAAGAUUUGUGUGCAGACCCUUCCCAGAGCUGGGUGAUCCAACAUGUCAACCGACUGGGGGACAGGGCGGUUCACAUCAGGAAAUCCCAGUCCUAAUCCGAUGAUGGGUACUCUGCAUACAGAGGAGCAGAACAUGUGUAUUUAACAGUCAGGAACGGAAAAUGAAUAAAUUAUUUUAUAAUGAAACCUAUUUUUUAUAUGUGCAAUAAGGUUACGAUCUCGUUAAAAGAGUAUCAGGAAACUAAAUAUUUAUACUUUUAUUCAUGAAAACAUUUGUUACUUUUUGUCACUGUUACAAUUUAUAACUAUAAUAAAUGUAUUAUAUUUUACUAUAACCUGUUUGUAUAUGAAAUAGGCUUUGUGAUUGCAGAGUUUAAUGGUUUGAUCUCGUUUUAUGGGCAUCAGAAAGUGCACACGUUGUAAGACUUUUAUUCAUAAAAGUAUUGUAUAUGAUCAUAUCAUUGAUCACAUCUGUUGCUUUUAACUGUUACUUUAGUAUUUUAUGUCUAUAAUAAAUAUAUUUUCUAAAGAAUUCUCACUUGUUUUGUGUGUUCAUCUUGUGUGGUAUGAGUGGUGAAUGGAAGAUGAACCUAGGACAGCACAAUGACAGAUACUAACUGAUGAAGCAGACUGUCACGACUUCCACCGAAGUCGGCCCCUCUCCUUGUUCGGGCGGCGUUCGGCGGUCGACGUCACCGGCUUACUAGUUGCCCCCGAUCUAUGUUUCCCUGUUCAUUUGCUUUUGUCUUUAUUAUUCACACCUGUUUAUGAUUCCCUGAUUAUGUUCAUUAUUUAACCAUCUGGCUUUCCUGUUUGUCUUGUCCGUGAUUGUUUCCUGUUUUGUGAUUGUUGGAGGUGUUUUCUCCUAACCCUGUAUUUGGAUGUGGAAGAAGUUUGAGUAUGAUUUUAGUAAACACGUUAUUGUUUACACUCA